UGCGGCGUUGCUGCUAGGACGUUUGUUAGCGUCUGGCAACCCUGCUAGUGGGCGGAGCCAGUAGGUGACAGUCAGGUACAGGAAGGAAGGCAGGGAAGAGAACCGCCAACUUGUUUCUUCGAAUCAAGAACCCAGCCGAACUUUGGGCUCAGUCCACCAUGAGGGGGCGCGCUCCUUGUCUACCUCUCCUCCUCGCCUUCCUGUCCGCGGUGGUCGGAGGCGGGGCCGUCUCCGAGUUCAGGAUCUGUGCCUACAAUGUGCAGAAUUUCAACUCACGGAAGGCGGCGAACUUCAAAGUGCUGCACACGCUCACUCGGAUUAUUUCCCGCUGUGACAUCAUCCUCCUGCAGGAAGUGACGGAUUCCGACGGCUCUGCUAUUAAGAAACUGGUGUCGUCCCUCAACAGGUACAGUGGAAGGUAUGAAGGCUACCACUACAGUUCCGUGUCCAGCUCCGGAAUGGGCAAGUCCCCCGACGACAUGCAGAAGUACGUCUUCGUCUACAGGACGGAGACUGUAAAAGUGACGGAUCAAUACCAGUACCCGAUUCAGGCGCACUUUGUCAGAGCGCCGCUGGCUGUCCACUUCCACAGCGACAAAACAGGUAUCGAGAACUUUGUUCUGGUCGGGCUGCACGCGGACAAGGACAACGCCGUCAAGGAGAUGGACCGCUUGUACGAAGUCUUCGAAGAAGUGCUGAAGAAAUGGAACAACAAGAACGUGAUGUUCUUGGGCGAUUUCCAAGCCGGCUGCGCCCACAUGACGCGGCGCGACAAGAAGAACAUCCGACUGUUCGCCAACACCAGCUUCUCCUGGCUCAUCGGGGACAAAAUGGACACCACGGUGACAGACGAAACCAGCUGCGCAUAUGACCGGAUCGUCGUGUACGGGAAGUCCUUCCUGAAGGCCAUCACGCCGUUCUCCGCCGGCGUCUUCAACUACGCUCAACAGUUCAAACUGGCGAGAACCACGGUGCUGAUGGUGAGCGACCACUUACCUGUGGAGGUGAGACUAAAGGGCUCCGCCCCGCUCAUUCAAGCCACGCCCCUCCUGCUUCUGAUCAGCACUGCCCUCCACUCCUUCCUGUGAAUGAUUAGUGUCGUAUGCUCCCAAUCACCAACUUGAUGUUUAAGUCACGGUCAACACAACGUCUCCGUGAGUGUUGCCGUCCAUAUUGACCCAUGUUUUCAUUGUACAUGUAUUUCGCUGGUAAAUCAGCCAUGUGUUACUUUUACCGUUUGUGUGGUCUGCCAAGCACAAAUCAUCAGGGAACAAUGAACCAAAUGUGCCAAAUUUUGUGACCACGAAACCUCAAAAAGUGAGCUUUAUGGAGGUCGGCUAAUAUUUCGCCAUGUAUGAAAAAGUGUUUGUCAUGUGCGGUGUUUUUUUUUAAUAUAUCUCAAAGUUCAAAUUAAAAUGCUGUUUGUGUGAAAUAAAAUUCUACUCUUUGUUCAA